GCCCUGUCUGCUUUGUGUUGUCAGGCAGAAAGUGAUCACACACACACACACACACACACCAUCCAUCCAUCCAUCCUGGAAGGCGUGUGUCCUGAUACACAGCAGGCACCGCACCGACGAGCAUCGGAAUCGAACACUAGCCACCAUUACGUUUUUGUACCCAGUUAUCAUCGAGCAUUUUUUUCCCCCUGUAGUUGUUGCAACGAUGUCUGUCGGAGUGGAGUCUGGCUUCUCGAGCGAGGAGGUGUUGAACAGCCGCUUCCCUCUCCACCGGGCGUGCAGGGACGGAGACGUCGGCGCCUUGUGCUCCCUUCUCCAGCGCACGUCCGACCCGGCCGACCUCGCCGUGGAGGACACCUUCUACGGCUGGACGCCCGUUCACUGGGCCGCGCACUUCGGGAAGCUGGAGUGUGUGAUGCGUCUGGUCCAGGUGGGAUGUGGUGUGAACGCGGUGACCUCCAGGUUUGCCCAGACGCCCACUCACAUCGCUGCGUUUGGGGGCCACCCCGAGUGCUUGUUGUGGCUCCUCCGAGCCGGCGCAGAUAUUAACAGACAGGACUAUGUGGGCGAGUCGCCCAUCCACAAGGCUGCUCGUGCGGGCAGUCUGGAGUGUGUCAACGCUCUCUUGAUUCAGGGAGCGAAAGCUGAUAUGAGGAAUGCCAGUGGGCUGACUGCUGCCGACCUGGCCCAUGCCCAGGGAUUCCAGGAGUGUGCUGAGAUUCUCUCCAAUGCCCAGAACUUCCAACAAAACAUGGCUCAGUCCCAUAAUGGGGCUUUUCUGAAUGGCAUGACCCAGAACGGGGGCCACACUCUCCCCACCAUCCAGGGACGCAGCUUCUUGAAUGGCGCCCCUAACAGAAAGAGGUCAUUCGAUGGCAUGGAGGCAAACCCAGUGAAGAAGGCUAGACCUAACGGUGUGGGCAUGCCGCCAGGAAUGCUGAAUGGCAACGGGCCACUGGGUGGUGCUGGAGAGACCCAGAUGGAGAGCAUGGAGCUGACAGCAACCGUAAUCUCAGUGGCAGGUGAGAGACAGUGUGAGGAUCUUUGCUCAAAUGGUCACAGUCAACUGCCACUUCCAUUUGGAUGUGACCCAGCAGCAGAGAUCCUCGACGACCAACACGUCCACAGCGACUUGCAUGAGCUCCACAGCACUGCGGGCAGCCAGCUGGAGCACCAGAAGUCUCUGAAAGCGCAGCAGUUCUAUGACCACGCUCUCUUCAGCACCCUGCUUCUGAACCAUGGAUCAUAGAGUACAAAGGAUGUAGCUGACAGGCCGUCCUUGAAUCUCAUUUCUGCUUGAAUCUCAUGUGAGACUGAACAAACAUUCAUUUGCCUUAAAGCCAUCGAGUGGUCCAGUUAUUCAGUGAUUCAUCCAUUUUUGUUGUCUUUGUUGUAGAGGGCAGGCCCGUUGUUGUGGAUGGAUCUGAAAUGUGUUCGAUAAAGUUUAUUAAGAAGUGGAUCUAUUUUUUGUUUAGCUUUUUAAAUUUGAUUACGCAGUAAAUAGCUUUGUUUUUCAUAUCCACUUAAGUCGACAUCCGUGUUGAACCACUGCCAAUACUUUUGUUUCUGUCUCAACUAGAAGUUGGGCUAUUCCCCCUCUUGAUGUUAAUGAAUAGAAGCCAAGCGCAUCCCAUGUUAAUCUUUAAUAAUUAAAAAAAAGGUUUGCAAAAGUUUAAA